AUGAGCAGAGUGGGGGGGUCCGAGGAGGAGAGGUGCCAGGCGGCGCUGGGAAUCCUGGCCUCGCUAUGUCAGGGGCAGCCGCCCCCCCAGGGUCUGGACUUGGAGACUUGUCGGAGUUUUGAGCUGCAGCCCCCGGAGCGGAGUCCGAGUUCUGCUGAUACAGGCGCCUCCGUCAGCCUCCUUGCUGUGGUAGUUAUUGUGUGUGGCGUGGCCCUGGUGGCAGUAUUUUUCUUUCUCUUUUGGAAGCUGUGUUGGAUACCCUGGAGGAACAAGGAGGCCUCCAGCCCCUCUUCCACUAACCCUACCUUGGCGGCCCCCCAGAGCCCCAGCCCCAGCCCCGGAGACACGAUGGCGGACAAGCUGAAGGACCCCAACACUCUUGGCUUCCUGGAGGCAGCUGUGAAGAUCAGCCACACGUCGCCAGACAUCCCAGCAGAAGUGCAGAUGUCCGUUAAAGAGCACAUCAUGCGUCACACGAGGCUGCAACGGCAGACCACAGAGCCAGCCUCCUCCACCAGGCACACCUCCUUUAAGCGCCACCUGCCCCGGCAGAUGCACGUCUCCAGCGUGGACUAUGGCAAUGACCUGCCCCCUGCUGCUGAGCAGCCUACCAGCAUUGGCCGCAUUAAGCCUGAACUGUACAAGCAAAAGUCUGUGGAUGAUGAGGAAGGCAAGAACGAGGCUGCCAAGACUUGUGGAAAGAUCAACUUCAGCCUGAAGUACGACUACGAGAACGAGACCCUGGUUGUGCGGAUCCUGAAGGCCUUUGACCUCCCUGCUAAGGACUUCUGCGGCAGCUCGGACCCCUACGUCAAGAUCUACCUCCUGCCUGACCGCAAGUGCAAGCUGCAGACCCGCGUGCAUCGCAAGACCUUGAAUCCCACCUUUGAUGAGAAUUUCCACUUCCCCGUUCCUUACGAGGAGCUGGCUGACCGGAAGCUCCAUCUCAGUGUCUUCGACUUUGACCGCUUUUCCCGCCAUGAUAUGAUCGGGGAGGUUAUCUUGGACAACCUCUUUGAGGCCUCUGACCUGUCCCGAGAGACGUCUAUCUGGAAGGACAUUCAGUAUGCCACCAGCGAGAGCGUGGAUUUGGGAGAAAUCAUGUUUUCCCUCUGCUACCUGCCCACAGCAGGCCGCCUCACCUUAACGGUAAUCAAAUGUCGUAACCUCAAAGCAAUGGACAUCACAGGCUACUCAGAUCCAUAUGUCAAAGUGUCCCUGCUGUGUGACGGGCGGAGGCUGAAGAAGAAAAAAACCACCAUCAAGAAGAAUACACUUAAUCCAAUCUACAACGAGGCCAUUAUCUUUGACAUCCCGCCAGAGAACAUGGACCAAGUCAGCCUGCUCGUCUCCGUUAUGGAUUACGACAGAGUGGGUCACAACGAGAUUAUUGGAGUCUGUAGGGUGGGGAUCAGUGCUGAAGGCCUGGGGAGAGACCACUGGAAUGAGAUGUUGGCCUAUCCACGGAAGCCCAUCGCACACUGGCAUUCCUUGGUGGAGGUAAAGAAAUCCUUCAAAGAGUGGCAAGGACGAGCUGCAAGCUUUGACAGCCAGGGUUCCUGCCCAUCUCCAAAGCCUCCUCCAACACCGUGAGAUGCAUGGCCGUGGAACACCAACGGGACUAAGCGAUGUUAUUUUUGCCCUUCUUCAACAGUCCAAGUGUGGGGCGUUAUCCUGCAGCAGCAGCCUCCAGUCACUCACUCCAGAGUCUUAAGUGU